AUGGAUGAACAUUUGAUCUCUACUAUCAACAAGUUACAAGACGCUUUGGCGCCAUUAGGUGGUGGUUCUCAAUCACCAAUUGAUUUACCACAAAUUACAGUGGUGGGUUCGCAAUCUUCCGGUAAAUCUUCUGUCUUAGAAAAUAUCGUCGGGAGAGAUUUUUUACCUAGAGGUACAGGUAUUGUCACUAGAAGACCUCUAGUAUUGCAGUUGAUUAACAGAAGAGCUCAUGGCUCUGGUUCUGCCGCUAAGGGUAAGGAUUCAACUGGAUCUGUCUCCAAUGAGUUAUUAGAUCUUGAUAUCAGUGACAACUCAAGUGAAAAGAAAACUGAUAAUAAAAAGGAUCCUGGACACCUAAAUGGCCAAUCUGAGGAUAAUAAAGAAGAAUGGGGUGAAUUUUUACAUUUACCCGGUAAGAAAUUUUAUAAUUUCGACGAAAUUAGACAAGAAAUUGUUAAGGAAACAGAUAAAGUCACUGGUGCUAACUCUGGUAUCUCUCCUGUACCAAUUAAUUUAAGAAUUUAUUCUCCACAUGUUUUAACCUUAACAUUAGUCGAUUUACCAGGUUUAACUAAAGUUCCCGUCGGUGAUCAACCUGUUGAUAUUGAAAAACAAAUUAAGGAUAUGUUAUUAAAAUAUAUUUCUAAACCAAAUGCUAUCAUCUUAUCCGUUAAUGCUGCCAAUACAGAUUUAGCUAAUAGUGACGGUUUGAAACUUGCUAGAGAAGUCGAUCCAGAAGGUACAAGAACCAUUGGUGUUCUAACUAAAGUUGAUUUAAUGGAUCAAGGUACCGAUGUCAUUGAUAUCCUGGCUGGUAGAGUCAUUCCUUUAAGAUAUGGUUAUAUUCCUGUCAUCAACCGUGGUCAAAAAGAUAUUGAACAUAAGAAAACCAUUAGAGAUGCUUUAAAAGAUGAAAAGGAUUUCUUUGAAAGUCAUUCUUCUUAUAGUUCUAAAGCUCAAUAUUGUGGUACUCCAUAUUUAGCUAAAAAAUUGAAUUCUAUUCUUUUACAUCAUAUUAGACAAACUUUACCAGAUAUUAAAGGUAAAAUCGAAGCUACUUUGAAGAAAUAUCAACAAGAAUUAAUGAAUUUAGGUCCAGAGACUAUGGAUUCAGCUAGUUCUGUUGUAUUAAGUAUGAUUACUGAUUUUUCUAACGAAUAUAAUGGUAUCCUUGAUGGUGAAGCUAAAGAAAUAUCAAGUCAAGAAUUAUCUGGUGGUGCAAGAAUUUCUUUUGUAUUCCAUGAAGUCUUUAAGAAUGGUGUCGAUUCCUUAGAUCCGUUUGAUCAAAUUAAGGAUUCUGAUAUUAGAACAAUCAUGUAUAAUAGUUCUGGUUCAGCUCCAUCAUUGUUUGUUGGUACUGAAGCCUUUGAAGUAUUAGUUAAACAACAAAUUAAGAGAUUUGAAGAACCUUCUGUACGUUUGAUUAAUUUAGUAUUUGAUGAAUUGGUACGUAUGUUAAAACAAAUUGUUAGUCAAACAAAAUACUCAAGGUACCCAGCUUUAAGAGAUGCCAUUUCUAAUCAAUUCAUUGAUUUCUUAAAGAGUUCCAUGAUCCCAACUAAUCAAUUUGUUGUUGAUAUCAUUGAAGCUGAACAAACAUAUAUUAAUACAGCCCAUCCAGAUUUAUUAAAGGGUUCUCAAGCUAUGGCUAUGGUUCAAGAAAAAUUACAUCCAACUCCACAAGUUGCUGUAGAUCCAAAGACUGGUAAACCUUUACCUAACCAACCAGUUAAUUCCUCAGGUAAUAAAAAUAUGAAUGGUCCAGUUGAUGAAAAAUCUGGAUUCUUUGGUGGCUUUUUCAGUAGUAAGAAUAAGAAGAAAUUGGCUGCUUUAGAGUCUCCACCACCAGUAUUAAAAGCUACAGGUCAAAUGACUGAGAGAGAAAAUAUGGAAACUGAGAUUAUUAAGCUAUUGAUCAAUAGUUACUUUAAUAUUGUUAAGAGAACCAUUGCUGAUAUCAUUCCAAAAUCCAUUAUGUUGAAGUUAAUUGUUAAGAGUAAGACUGAUAUUCAAAAAGUAUUGUUAGAAAAAUUAUAUGGUAACCAAGACAUUGAGGACCUAACCAAGGAAAACGACAUCACCAUCCAAAGAAGAAAGGAAUGUAAGAGAAUGGUUGAAAUAUUGAGAAACGCCAGUCAAAUCGUUUCAAGUGUGUAA